UGGCGGGGCAGUCGAGCCGGGGCCCUAUCACUCUCAGCCGCACAAUCCACCUCCAUCUGCCUCCCCCGGUGCUUGAUACCCCUCCGGUGAGCUUGUCCUAUGCGUCCUAAGGUCCUCCUGUAACAGCAUCCCCGGCUAUUUCCAGCGCAAAGGCCCAGACCGGAGCGAAUUUAGGGGAUCGGAAAAAGGGAGAGCGAUCCCGGCCCGGGGACAGGAGCGGCGCUGGAGGAGAGCGGGGGACACUAGUCAGGAAGAUGAGAAAGGGAACACAGGGCGGGCAUGAGAAGCUGCUGCUUCCCGGUCUGCAGGGCACGGACAAGGGUUCCGGUCUGGCGGGGGGGUUCAUCGCCGGGGGAGGAGGUGUCGUUGGCGCAGGAGGCGGCGGAUACGUUCAGAUCAUUUCUUCCCCCGGUCCCCCGCUACAUCACCACGGACUGUGUAUCCCCGAGCAAGCGGCCAGUUUUAUCUACUCCACCCCUCACGGACCCGCCACCAGAGCCGGCCAGCUCCAACCAGCACUGGGGCGCCCACCGGCAAAGAGACGACUGGAACUUGGUGAUGGCAGUCAUCAGUAUCUCUCAGAUGGGCUGAAGACACCCAAAGGCAAAGGAAGGGCAGUCACGCAUUGUCCAGAUAGCCCCAAGACUCCAAAGUCUCCCUUGGAAAAAACCCGGUAUGACACCUCCCUUGGUCUCCUGACAAAGAAGUUUAUUCAGCUGCUCAGCCAGUCUUCUGAUGGUGUUGUGGAUUUAAACAGAGCCGCUGAAGUCCUGAAGGUGCAGAAAAGAAGAAUUUAUGAUAUCACAAAUGUACUAGAAGGAAUUCACCUCAUUAAAAAGAAAUCAAAGAACAACAUACAGUGGAUGGGCUGUACUUUACCUGAUGAUGGAGGCAACUUGGCAAAAUCUCAGGAACUUUCUAAGGAACUCUCAGAACUUGCUCAAGAGGAGAAUAAACUAGAUGAGUUAAUAAAAAACUGUACUCUAGAUCUAAAACACUUAACAGAAAAUGCAGAGAAUCAAAGAUUAGCUUAUGUAACAUAUCAAGAUAUACGCAAAAUAAGUGGCCUUAAGGAACAAACUGUUAUUGUGAUAAGAGCCCCUCCAGAAACAAGACUUGAAGUGCCUGAUCCUGUUGAGAGUUUGCAGAUACAUUUGUCCAGCAGCCAAGGAGCAAUUGAGGUGUACCUGUGUCCUGAAGAGAGUGAAUCCAGCAGCCCAGUAAAGCAGUGUAAUCAAGAUCACAAUGGAAAUGUAUCCAAGCCCAAACCACACUCCAAAGAUUCACUGUCGCCUAAUAUGGAAAAUGUGAAUUGCUCUGUGGAAGGGAUCUCCCCUUUAACCUCUCCAACCAACCUCCUUCAGCAGACAGAAGAUCAAAUUUCUUUAAAUAUGGAUGCCCCUUUUGUAAACUUGCUUCCUCCUCUCAUGCAAGAAGAUUAUCUUUUAAGUCUUGGUGAUGAAGAAGGCAUCAGUGAUCUAUUUGAUGCUUAUGAGUUAGAAAAGCUGCCAUCUUUGGAUGACUUUAUGUGCAGUUGAUUGCCACACUAAUGAAUCCCUUUUACUUGAACACAUAUGAUGAACUUGUUCUGUUUUUCUCCCUUCCCUUCUGUUUGCAAUGAAACUGGAAUUUCUUGCUGAUAACCACACCAACACCUCUCCUGAGCCAUCCCAACAAGCCAUCAAGAAGAAUGAGUAUCUGUAUUGAAAUAAAAUUGAAUUUGCUGCUUCAUCAAGGCUAUGCAAGAUUUAUGGGGUGAUAUUUUGGGAUCUAUCAAGGGCCUAAUAUUCAACAUAUAUUGCUGAAUUAUAAGGUCUCCCUGUGAAUGACAUUGCUCUCGGCCUGUGCCUUGGUAUCUUAUGGCUUUGUGCCUCCCCAGUAAAUGCCAGUCAUCUGGGAGAGUCGUGUAUUUUUUUUUUUUUUAAAUACUCCCCUCUGCGUUAUUUAUCAACAAAUGUUUUCAGCUGUUUUACAAAAUGAAUUUUAUUGAAAGACUGAUGCAAAUAAGAUCCCAGGUCCUUCAUGAAUUGUGCUUAGCUGUAUUAAAGUGCCUGCCAUUUGUUUUUGUAAUUAGAAUUACGAUGUACUCCAAUUUUUACAGUGCUUUAAUACACAAGAUCCUAAA